AAAGCAAGCAAAAUAAAGUAACUAUACCAGAUUUGGAUCUUGAAAUAUUAAAAAAAAUUCUUAAUUUCAUGUACAUGGACAAUGUACAUGAUUUAAAUAUGACUGACAGGUAUCUUCAAAGACUCAAAACAAUUUGUGAAGAUUCUCUAGCCAAAACUUUAAAUCCUGAAAAUGCUAUAAAAGUUAUGAUUUUGGCAAACAUUUAUAUUUCA